AGAGUAAGGGGAGUUCCGGCGAGGCGAGGCGGGCCGGGCCGCUGCGCCGGGGCUCUGCGCCUCCUCCUCGUCCUCCUCCUCCUCGCUCCCUCACGCACCGGGCCGCCGCCGCCAUGAGCGAGGCAGAAGUGAAUCCCAAAGCCUACCCGCUGGCUGAUGCUCAGCUCACCAAAACGCUACUGGAUCUCGUGCAGCAGUCCUGCAACUAUAAGCAGCUACGCAAGGGAGCCAAUGAAGCCACAAAAACACUGAACCGAGGAAUAGCGGAGUUCAUUGUGAUGGCUGCCGAUGCUGAGCCCUUGGAGAUCAUCCUGCACCUCCCUCUUCUCUGUGAGGACAAGAACGUGCCUUAUGUGUUUGUGCGCUCCAAGCAGGCCCUGGGCCGGGCUUGCGGCGUUUCCCGGCCUGUCAUCGCCUGUUCAAUCACCAUCAAGGAGGGAUCACAGCUAAAGCCUCAGAUCCAGUCUGUCCAGCAAGCUAUAGAGAGACUGUUGGUCUAAACGCCUAUGAUUUCAAAUGUGUGUGGAAUGGGUAAAAGAUGAAGUCAGGGGGAAUUAAUGUCUAGCUUUAGUUGGUGAUGAUAGUUUUUAUACCAGUGUUCCAUAUCAAAACACCACAUUUUUGUUUAAUAGCAGCUUAAUUCUUAAAGUGUCUCUGCCUCCUCUUCCCCAUCUUUUCUCUUAUUCCACUCCAACAUAGUCCUUCUCAUUGUAGUACUUAUUGAAAAGUGGUUGUACAAUUGUAUUUACUGUUGGAUGU